AUGUUUUGGAGAUUUGGCGGCUACGCCAACAUCUCGACCAUCGACACCAUCCUCGACAAGCCCGACUUCACCCUCGAGGAGCUACUCGACGAGAGCGAUCUGAUACAGGAGCUUAAGCAGCACAACUCGAAGCUCAUCGAGUACCUUCGCGAGGACAAGGUUCUCGACAAGCUCCUCGAAUAUGUCGUCGCUCCCAAGCUCGAGGUGGUUGAGACACCCGGCGAGUCGGCCGAUGACGAGUUCAAGUCCAAGAGCCGCCUGCUCCCAUUCGCCCGUCCCCGUGCCACCUCCAGGACCACCGACACCACCGAGGCCGAUGAGGAGGAGAUGGAGAAGCGCCGCAAUCGAUACGCCCUCGUCGCCAGCGAGGUCCUGAGCUCCGACACGUGGUCCAUAUACGAAGCCCUGGUCGAGAACCGCGACCUCGUUCGCGACUUUUGGACCUUCCUCUCCCGCCCGGCACCGCUCGACCCCCUCCAGGCGAGCUACUUCACCAAAGUCAACGAGUCGCUCUUCGAGAAGAAGACGGAGGACAUGAUGGAUUUGUUCCGGAGCUUGCCCGAUGUCGUUCCCGACCUGCUGAGGCACGUCGAGUGUCCCAUGAUCAUGGACCUUCUCCUCAAGAUCAUCGCCCUCGACCGCACCGACGGCGGCCAGGGCAUCGUCGAGUGGCUUCACUCCAUGAACAUCAUCCCCGAGCUUCUCUCCUUCCUCGACCCCAAGCACAGCUGGGUUGUGCAGACGGCGGCCGGUGACUUCAUAAAGGCCAUCAUCACCAUCUCGGCCAACGCGUCGCAGAACGAGCAGCAGUGCAUCGGUCCCAACGAGCUUACCCGCCAGCUCGUCUCCAGUCCCUGCAUCGACCAGCUCGUCGCCUACAUGCUGGGGGGCGGGAACCCGUUGACCGUCGGCGUCGGCAUCAUCAUCGAGGUCAUCAGGAAGAACAAUUCCGAUUACGAUCCCGAUGUUGGCAGCGAGGCCAACACGACCCCCUCCAGCCGCGAUCCCAUCUACCUCGGCACCCUGCUUCGCCUCUUCGCCGACAAGGUGCCGAAUUUCAUGGCCCUCAUCAUGGACCAGCCGUCCCGGAAGCGCGGUCUCGCCUCGACCUUUGGCGAGAAGCUCGAACCGCUCGGCUUCGACCGUUUCAAGACCUGCGAGCUCAUGGCCGAGCUGCUGCACUGCAGCAACAUGGGUUUGCUCAACGAGCUCGGCUCCGAAGAGUUGAUCUCGGCCCGAGACGGAGAGCGCAAUCGCCUGCGGGACGAAGGCAUGCUUCGGCCUCAGCGGGAGGAGGAGCCCUCGGUGGAGGACCUGACGAUCCAUCUAUCUCCUCCCGCCCCCGAUGAGGGGCGCCGUCUCGAAAUCAUCAACGCCGACGACGACGGCUUCGAAGAAGUCGAGUCGACGAGGGAUAUGAGCGUCGACACCUCGGAUGAGUUCGUCAAGGCCGAGGACGACAUCGCCGCCAUCCCUCCCGCCGCCUUUGCGGAAAAGGACGAGGAGGAUUUCGUCGACGAGCCUCUCAGCUCGCCCCGCCUCACCGUUGGCCCCGACAGGAUCACCGAGCAGCAGUUCGACGACCCUGACCUUGUCGUGGCCCCGCUUUCACCCUCCAAGCCCAUCACUCCGGUGCCCGUCCCGACCGAAGGCGGCGAGACGACGGCAUCGGCGUCGCAUGAUACCACCGAUGAGGCGCCAAAGGUCGACGAUCUUCCGGCGACGCCGGAUGAGGCGUCGGGUUCCGAGCCCAAGGCGACAUCCAGCUUGGCGCCUCAGGAAGCGACGAAUUCGACACAGGCUGCGCUGUCGGCGCAUCCCGAGGACCUACCCGCACCGCUGUUCUCCGCACCGGCCGAUUCCAAGCCUGCUUUGGUUUCGGUCGAGGCUCCAAAGGAGAGCGUCGCCGAUGCAUCCUCGGAGCCGCAGGCCGGUCAUGGGACUGCCACAGAGUCCGCCGCCGGCCAGGAAGGGAGCAUUCUCGAUCAGCCCAUGACGGAACAGCCGAAGACGGAGGAGAUGGCUCUCGAGCCCGUGGUGGGAGACUACCUGAAGAUGCAAUUCGUCGAGCACCGCGUGGUUCCUGCGAUCUUGUCCUUUUUCUUCUCGUACCCUUGGAACAACUUCUUGCACAACGUGGUGUACGAUAUUGUCCAGCAGGUGUUUAAUGGACCCAUGGAUAGGGGCUACAAUCCGACACUGGCCGUGUCCUUGUUCGAGGCUGCCGAUGUCACCACGGCCAUCAUCAACGGCCAGUACGCCAGCGACCGGUCGCAAGCCAAGACGAGGACGCGCAUGGGGUACAUGGGCCACCUCACGCUCAUCGCCGAGGAGGUGGUCAAGUUCACGGAGCGAAACCCGCCCGAACUCCUAUCCGAGAUGGUGGUCGAUAAAGUCAUGAGCCAAGACUGGAUCAACUACGUCGAGGGGGCUCUCGCGGAAACGCGCGAGAGAGACAACGCCAUCCUGGGCGGCGUUCGACCCGAAACGUCCAUGGGACACCGCGGCAGCAUCGGAGCCGGCAGCGGCGUCGGCCUAUCCGGCCUCCAGCUCGGCGGUGCCCCCGGAUGCGCGUCCAGCGUGCUCGCCGAAGCCGGCCUCAACGGGGCAGGCCUCGAGCUGAGCGACGGAGACGGCAACGGAAUCGGGCCCUUCACCAUCAGCGCCGGCGCGUUAAUGUCAGGCUUCGGCAGCAGCAGCGACGAGGAGGACGACGAAGUGGACGGCGACGAGGAGGACGUCAAUUCCGAGGUGAGUGGCAGCUCUUGCGAUGAAGCCAGCGCGGGAUCACCGGAGACAACUGGUGCCAUCCACUUUCCUACGGAUUUCGCGGCGGCACCCCUCGAUCCCACCGGCAAGGACUUUGGUGACUCGACGGAUGCUGCCAUGUCGUGA